UGUCGGCUAGGGUGGGACUGAAGCGCGGUGAUUAAGGCUCCCUCUCAGGAACCGAAGCGUGCGCUUUCCAGAUGCAGCUUUCCAACGCGCUCGGCGGCAGCCCUGAAGAGGAGGACGCGGUGGCGACCGAGGCGAUGGCAGCGGCCGCCGCCGCCAUAGAGAAGGGGGCAUGAGCCGAGCGGUUAGGAAAAGCGGGAGAAGCCGCCUCGGCCAUCGCGGCUGCUGCUUGUUGCUGGUCCCGGGCUCCAUGUGGUGACCGGCCGAGGUUAUUUCUUUAUUUUUUUUAAAACAAACAAACAAAAAACUCUUGCGUGCCCUUGGCUAGUGAGCGAUGGGUUCCCGCCGAGGCUGACCUCAGCCCCGCGCCCGCCCGUCUCCUCUGCGCUCGGGCACGGGGAGCGCCAGGCGCAGGAGCGGCCAUGGCUGCGGCCAUCGCCAGCGGCUUGAUCCGGCAGAAGCGCCAAGCGCGCGACUUGCAGCACUGGGAUCGGCCCUCGGCCAGCAGGAGGCGCAACAGCCCCAGCAAGAACCGCGGGCUUUGCAACGGCAACCUGGUGGAUAUCUUCUCCAAGGUCCGCAUCUUUGGCCUCAAGAAGAGGAGGUUGCGGCGUCAAGAUCCCCAGCUCAAGGGUAUAGUGACCAGGUUAUAUUGCAGGCAAGGCUACUACUUGCAAAUGCACCCCGAUGGAAGUCUCGAUGGAACCAAGGAUGACAGCAGCAAUUCUACAUUGUUCAACCUUAUACCAGUGGGACUUCGAGUUGUUGCUAUCCAAGGUGUAAAAACAGGCUUGUACAUCGCCCUAAAUGGAGAAGGGUUCCUUUAUACAUCAGAACUUUUUACACCAGAAUGCAAAUUUAAGGAGUCUGUUUUUGAAAAUUAUUAUGUAAUCUACUCAUCAAUGCUCUACAGACAACAGGAGUCGGGUCGGGCCUGGUUCUUGGGGCUCAAUAAAGAAGGGCAAGUCAUGAAAGGGAACAGAGUGAAGAAAACAAAACCAGCAGCUCAUUUUCUACCGAAGCCAUUGGAAGUUGCCAUGUAUCGGGAACCCUCAUUGCAUGACGUUGGAGAAACAGUGCCAAAGGCUGGGGUGACUCCAAGUAAAAGCACAAGUGCGUCGGCAAUAAUGAAUGGAGGCAAACCAGUUAACAAGAGUAAGACGACAUAGCCAGAUCCUCGCGGGUAUUGUGACUUAUGGAGCUCUCUUAAGUACAGCUGAGCACUUUAUCCUUGCAAGACUGGCUCGGUCUGGUGUCUGUGGAUCAGCUGGAGGCAAGCGAAUGCUUGCCCUUUGCUCUUUCCAGGCAAGUUUAUUGCAAGCGGAUAGAUCUCAACCUGUAACUCCUCCCACUGCAAAGAAGACACGCGGAUAACCAGCUGAACUCAGACCAUGGAAUGCCCUACCAGAUAUGGAAUGCCUUUUUAAUAUCUUUUCUGUGACUGUGACACCUCAUGUGAAUGACAUACUUCACAAGUACACUUGAUAUCCUGCCUGCUGACAGUUACCCAUAAUUCCCCCCUCCUUUUGAGUCCAGGAAACCCAUGUGUUUUGAGUUCGAUUUUGUAGCACACAAAAUAAUAAGUAAUUUCUAGGUAGAUGCUAUAAACCUCUGCUAUUAUGGAUUUUCUCUUCUUCCCCCUUUUUUACGAGGCUGCUCGCUCCGCUGUCUGUGUGACUCCUUUGCAGGGAUUGUGUUUCUCUCAGAUUUAAAUGUUGCUGGUGGCUUAGUUCUGAAAAAGCAAUCAGGGGAGCCUUCAGAAGCCCGAGUAGGGAUUAUACAGGUCACAGAAUAGGACUAUCAUCUGAAAAGUUACAAAUGAGGAUUCAGUGUGAGUACACUGAGGUUGGCAUUAUUGAGAAGGGAAAAAGCAUCAAACACAGCCGGUCAACCGUCCCUUGAGGCCUGUGUUUGAAAAACCCCUGAUAAGUUUCUUUGUGUGUGUGUGUUUUAUACAUAUCACAGGCUUACUGGUAAUGGUAACAUUUGCCUUGCCCAGCGAGCAAGACCCACACAUUUUUGGGAAAGUGGGUCCAAAGAACUCUGUAGGCCUUGUAGGCCUGAAUUAAGGCUCAUUUUUCAUCUAUAAGUCCUCAUUAUUUGAAAGUUUAAACAAACAAACAAACAAAUAAAAUGAAUGAGGAUUGCGCUACCUAAGUCCAUUUCAGAACUAUAGACUCUUUUUCCUGUUUUUAAUGAAUGGAACGUAAUCCCAUCCUUAUUUUUGGCUGUAGUCCACUCUCGUACUCAGCAAAGCAUGGGCAAGGAAGUUGUGUUCUUUUUUGCAGCACCAAUGCAAAGGGUAGUUACAAAAUAUACUUUAAUAUUUUCAACGUUUAAAAACAAGAGGGAAGUUUUUAAAGAAGACAUAUUUAAAAAGUUCCUUUAUGUUUCUUUUUUAAAAGCUCAGCAUGCAGAGUUCAAUACUCUUAUGUAGUAUUUCAUCAGUACCCCACUACCACAUUCAGCUUCUUAGGAUAUUAUACCCUCCAAAUUGCUAGGUUUAUGGUGCCUUGCCUUGAUCUCAGUAUUGUUUCCAUAGUACUAAAUAAAAAUUAUGAAAAUUGUAACAGGAUUACAAGGCCAAGAAUUUCCUCAUUGGAUUGUUCAAUAAAAUAAACAUUGUUGAGAUUUCCUGGAUAGUAGGGUAGAAGCCAGUCUAGAACCAAAAGGAGAAAGGCUUCAAGGGGGGGGGGGAGACGCAAAAGCUGUAAGAGCCUUCAAUAGAUGAAAAGAUCAAAAACGUGAUAAUUAGAAAAUGUAAUAAAAGCUGAAGGUGAUAUGGACCAAAAUGUACCUUGGUUCUGGAAAACUAUGUACAAGAUUGCUAGAUGUUCAUAUUUUGUUUAUUUCUCAUUUCAUUUUUAAGAGCAGCUGUCAAAAUUUGGUUUACAUUAACAUCCAUGAUGGUCUUUUCAGAUUUCCAGCCUGCUUAGUUGGUUAUAGAUAGAUUGAUUGAUUGAUUAGUUCUUCAUGCUUACAAGGUCAUCAUAUUAGCUUCUGUUUUAAUAAGUAAAUAAUUCACAUACGUCCAACUAGGUUAUGUAUUACUGUUUGAUUAGAAAAAAUACAAAGUAGGAAUUUUACCAUUUAAUUUAUUUUUCUUUUUAUAUUUCCAUUUAAAACAAAAGACUAUUUAAAGUUAGUUUCUUUUCGCCAGAUAAGUGAAGCAUAACAGAAGUUCUCAAACAUUUAAUAAUGCCCCAAAUUGGGGGAUGAGGGUGGGGGAGGAGAGAGAAUAACCAGAGAAGCAUAUUAAAGUAAUGAAAACAGCAUGUUCAGGAAAUUAAAUCACUUUGCCUAGCGGCUUCCAGAGAAGACAUUUCUCAGAGGAUCAUUUUGUGAAGGCCCUUUUUAUUUUUCCAUGGAUGGAGGCAGAGGGAAGGAACUUCCCAUCCCUUGGGAUUUAUUGGAUGUUAAGGUAUCACCUAUUCACACAGGCACCAUAUGCAGUAAUAAAACUGAGGUCUCUCUCUGCCCAGCUCUGUCAAUGCUCCUUAUUUUAUUCUCUAAACUGUGAAUGUUUUGUGUCAAUAUCUAGACCACCAGAUCCUGGAGCCUGCUUACUUUAAUUUUAAAAUAGGCAAUUACGUUUCUGUACUGUGGAACCUGAAUCAAAAGAAAAACUGGAAUUCUCUGAAACAGAAAAGCAAAAUAAAGAGAUGUGAAACGUAUCUUUUAUUUCCCCAAAUUUCAUAUUGUUUUAUGAAGGGGAAGAGGGGCAGAUUUGGGAUUUGCAGCUGACUUCAAAAGGCAGAAGACAUCAAAAUAUCAGCUCAUGCAACUAAUUUUAUAAGGCCAGCAAAGGCCCACAUCUUAAUCCAGAUUGCAUUCACUUGUAGCAUAAAGUUCGGCACCCCCAUCCUGCAGUGGCAUUUCUUCAUUUUUCCAUGUAUGGCAAAACUUUGCAGGCGGGGGAGGGGGCACAAGAUCAGGUUCGGGAAACUGUAACUGAUCACCUUUGCCACACAUGCACUUACAUUUCUGAUGUCUAUACUCAUAUUUCCAUCUCGGUAAUUAGUUAAUAUACUAUUAAGACUGAUUUCAUUUUUUUGUAAAUGAUGGAUCUGUGCUGUAAGUAGAACACAUAUACACAUGCACACAUUCUGUUUGUCCUUUACAUAGGUUGCUGCCAUGGGUGUUGGUUUCUCUUGUCUAGAAGGACCUUAUUUUGAAGAUCCACUUCAGCAUAGAGAGGAUUCUCUGUUCCCUGUCCUUUGGUUAUGCUUUUAAGUUUGUCUCUUGUCUCAUCUGUUGCAUGGGAAGAGGAUGGUAAUGAUGAACUGCAUGUAGUAGGCUAUAUGUAUCAGACCUGUUGGUAUGUACUACUAAACUGACAUACAUAUAAGCAACGAGUUUGUCUGCAUUGUACAGUUUGUGUUUAUUACCAUUUUGUUGUAUACACAGAUGCAACAUAUUGAAUAAAAUAUUUAUACGAAGGCAUAUUGGGGGGAAAACUCAACAUUUAUAAUUUUUUUUUAAAAAGAGAAGACUGUGCAAAGUUGACAUGGCGUUGGCUGCAGUAGAACAAUAGUUUGGCCAUUCUUUCUCCCCCCUGACCAUGCCAAAGAAAAUUUUAGCUCCUUGAUAUAUUACCUCUCGCUGUUUUCCAGGACAAGAUGUCAUCAUUUUGUUCCCUCUAAAGUUUAUUUUGCUGUCAAGUGAAACUCUCUUUUCAACUGUCUGUUACUAAAGAACUGUACAGUAAACCUGAUGGAAUCAAUUUGUAUUUA